CCGACGUGCGGUUGCUGCGCAGCGUGUGAAGACAGAAGCGUCCGACUGGGAUCGGAGGGAGGCUGGAGGAGCUCAGAUUAGAGUUGUUGUGGCAGAAAAAAAAACCACACCGUCAAUCCAGGUCCACACGUUGCAGCCUCUGGACUGAAACCACCGCAGCUUCCUCUCGGCUCUGAUCGAGACGCAGCGCUGCGCACAGAGGAUCUCCCGAGCAGGAUUUCCCCCACGCUGUUAGAAGUUUGUCCGCGCAGUUUCCAGGAGUAGUUUCGGGUGGGUUUGACAGAGCUAACCGCCUGCUACUCCCUCCUUGCAUCCCGCUGUCCCGCUCCGGUGUCCAGUUGCGGGGAAUCAUGGCGCUCCGAGCCAGAGCGCUGUACGACUUCAACUCGGAGAACCCCGGAGAGGUGUCGGUGAAGGAGAACGAGAUCCUAACUUUGUACAGCGAGCAGGACAUCGAGGGCUGGUUCGAGGGGACGAACAGCAAAGGAGAGAGGGGACUGUUCCCCGCUUCCUACGUGGAGAUCCUGCGGAGCGACGCCUCCUCCACGUUGAACAACAACAGCUGCAACACAUCUGGGGACACUUACCCGGACUCCCGGUACGCCAACAUCCCAUCCGGAGGGUUUGACGGCUCCUAUAAGCCCAAAAUUGAGAACUUUUCUAAGCCAACUCCUCCUGGUUUCACCACUUUCUCAGCCCCACUACAGCAGCAGCAGCAUCAUCCCCAGCAGCAGCCUCACACCUACCAGCAGCCCAGUCCAGGCAGCGAUGAUGACUGGGAUGAUGACUGGGAUGACAGUUCCACUGUGGCGGAUGAGCCGGGCACUGUGGGAGGAAGGUACAAUGACUUUGAAGGCAACGGGCCCUCCACGUACAGAGUGUCAACAUCCUCAAUGUCAAGAGGGAAUGCACAGCAAGCAAAGAGCUCCGCUACGGUCAGCAGGAACCUGAACCGCUUCUCCACCUUUGUGAAGUCAGGAGGGGAAGCGUUUGUUCUCGGGGAGGCGUCUGGUUUCGUGAAAGAUGGGGAUAAGAUCUGCGUGGUGAUGGGUCAGUAUGGUCCGGAGUGGCAGGAGAACCCGUACCCCUUCACCUGUACGAUAGAUGACCCCACUAAACAGACCAAGUUCAAAGGCAUGAAGAGCUACAUCUCCUAUAAGCUGACUCCCACCCACACUCAGAACCAGGUGAACAGGAGGUACAAGCACUUUGACUGGCUCUACGCCCGACUGGUGGAGAAGUUCCCGGUCAUCUCGGUGCCACAUAUCCCCGAGAAGCAGGCCACGGGGCGCUUCGAGGAGGACUUCAUCUCCAAGAGGAGGAAAGGCCUCAUCUGGUGGAUGAACCACAUGACCAGCCACCCGGUGCUGGCCAGGUGUGACGUCUUCCAGCACUUCCUCACCUGCAACAGCACUGACGAGAAGGCCUGGAAGCAGGGCAAGAGGAAGGCCGAGAAGGACGAGAUGGUCGGAGCCAACUUCUUCCUCACCAUCAGCACUCCAGCGGCUCCCCUCGACUUCCAGGAGGUGGAGAGCAAAAUAGACGGGUUCAAGACUUUCACCAAACGGAUGGACGACAGCACCUUGCAGCUCAACGCCACGGUCAAUGAGUUCGCCCGGAAGCAGAUCAGCGGCUUCAAGAAGGAGUAUCAGAAAGUGGGGAUGUCGUUUAAAGUCCUGAGCCAGGCGUUUGAGAUGGACCAGCAGACGUAUUCUGCAGGACUCAACCAGGCCAUCUCCUUCACUGGGGACGCGUAUGAAGCCAUCGGGGAGUAUUUUGCAGAGCAGCCCAGCAAGGACCUCGACCCAAUCAUGGAUUUGUUAGCUCUUUACCAGGGACAUCUGGCAAACUACCCAGACAUCAUCCAUGUUCAGAAAGGAGCUCUGACAAAGGUAAAAGAGAGCCAAAAGCAUGUGGAAGAGGGCAAGAUGGACCGGGCGCAGGCGGAAGGCAUCAACGACCGCUGCAACAUCAUCUCCUGCGCCACGCUGGCUGAGAUCCAGCAUUUCCACCAGAUCCGUGUGCGAGACUUCAAGGCUCAGAUGCAGCACUACCUGCAGCAGCAGAUUACCUUCUUUCAGAAAAUCACAGGCAAACUAGAGGAGGCUCUGCAGAAAUACGACAACGCGUAGCGGAGCUCUUGUUUCAGCCCAUCGGGUUAGACCUUGGUGAUGAAUGGCCAUGCGCCUCCCUCGGUCAGCCAGUGGCGUUUUGGCAAACAACAGCUGGCACCACACACUGCUGAACGCUGCUUAUCCAGCAGGAGAGAAGUGUUCAAGGAGAUUACGCUCCGGUAAUAAUGAAAUUUCAACCAAAUUAAGGUUUCCGUGUGUGUUGGCCGCAUUCUUUGGGCACUGAAUGUUCUUCUUUAAGAGAGGACGUUGAUGAAGUCAGGCCAAGGUCUAAUUUAUUGGAAUCAACAACAACAAGGUGCACCGCUUGGUCCGGUGUAUGAAUGAAUUCAAUCUAAUCAAUGUUCCAACCUGCAGAGAGUGAACCUUGUAUUCCCUGCUGCCUACACAUCUGGUGCAAGAUUUUCUAUAUCAAGUGUUUUUCGCCUUACAACACUGUUUUUAACUGACUGUUGGAGUGACGACGCUCUCGUGGCCAACACACUGCCUUCUGGAAACACCUGAACACUCAAUCCCGGUAUAUUUCUUCUUGAGAGAACAGGACGAAAUGUUUACAGUCUCCUCACUGAGCAGCCACUGUCACCACUGUCUCGCUGUGCCUUCUGAUUGCAUCUCUCUGGUAAUUUUUUGUUACUAAAAUGCUUUAUAUACUGUUUAUGUAGAAGUAUAUUGUAUUUGUUUUUACUGAGCUACAAGAAAAGGAUCUCUUUGAAAGAGGGCAGCGUGUUUUAUGGGAAAAGAUAGAAAAUGCUGUUUUAAUCCCAGUGAGACAACAUCUGGACCACAAAUUACCUGCUUUGACAAUUACAGCAAACACUGAUGCAGAUUGAAGCAUGCAGAAUUUAAACAGGGACACUUCCAAUGUGGGAUAACCUGACUUUGUGUCCACAAUAAGUGUUGGUUUCAGGCUUAGUUUUCAGAGGCAGGCUGUUAGAAGGGAGAGUGUUCCUCGCCUGUUUUAAUACUGCAAUCCUUUUCAUAGCACACUUGUAGACAGUUGGGUUCUACUGAUGUUUUUAACGUUUGUGACGCCGGUUGUGUCAUGGAGAGAUUAAUGUAGAAGCAGAGAUGCAAAAUAAAUUUCCUCAUUAAGAGAAA